UCUUGCCUCACUUCUCACGCGUAGCAACCCUAAAUUGCCGCCGCCGCCUUCUUCGACAGCGCGCAAGCUUCCCGAUCAGGCCACGCCGGAGCGCCUCCGACGUCGUUUUCCGAUUCAUCAGGAGAUAAUCAUUUCCGAUCCGUUCCGACGUUCUAUUCGUUCUUUUACUAUUAUAACGUCCGAGAACGGCGUGAGGCGUUCCCGUGCCCGUUCCACGCCCGUUCCGACGUGCGUCAACCCGUCAACCCGCAAUCUGCUAGGGAUCCGAUUGUGGAUUCCCUAUAUAACCCUCUCUAUUUCACUGCGCCGCCACCACCAUCCAAACCAAACCCUUUUGAGAUUUGCGUCUAAAGCAGGCCUGGGCAGAUCGAUUUAAUUCUGAGCGACGAUCCAAAAGAAACCGUCUGUUGGUAGCAGAUUUUCUUGCGGAGUGAAAUGUUCCAGUUUGGCCGAAGAAAUGAGGAUAAGUUGAGAAUAAUUUGGCUUACCCAUGGAACUGCAGGAAGAAGAAAAAAAAACAUUCUGAUGUUUUUAGGUUUGGCAUGGGAGGUAUUGGAAAGAUUUGUUUGAUUAGAAGAUUAGAGGCUCAAGGCUUGCCUCCUAAUCAAGCAUACAUAAUCAUAUCAACAUUGACGACAUUUUUGAAUACUAAUUUAGAUCAUUUGGCACAAUUUGUUGUGUCAAAGUCGGCAAUCAAUGAGUUUAAGGAGGAACAAAAUUCUGAUCUAUCCCAAUUCAAGUUAGAAAUGAAACACAUGCAGGAUGGUCAUUUUAAUUCGGUGGAACGAAAAAAUGAAAAACUGGAGAGAGUUUUUAAGAAAUUGGUUAUUAAAUUAACAAGCAAAUUUAACCGGGAAAUUAUUGAAGUGGAAGCAGGACUGGAAGCUGGAAAAUUUGAGAUUAUGAAGUACUGUGUUGGUACUUUUGUUUCAGCAGGAUCAAUUUGUCUUGCAUUCGUGCUAUUUUGGAAGUAGAAAUUAAAAGUAGAUUUUGUGUGAUGAUAAUAGUUGCUUUUGCAAUUAUGUGCUUUUAAAUGUAGAAAUUAGGACUACUUUAUUUAGGGUUAACAAUUAUUAAAUACUGUGUUGGUACUUUUAUCUUAGUGACAACAGAUGCUCAACUUGCUAUUGGGCAUUUUUUUGGAGUAGAAAUUAUGGGUGGAUGAUGGCUGGAUUAUAACUGAAUAUGAUAAUUAUCUUAGAAACAUCCCAUUUAUUCAAAAUUUAUUUUCUA